UCUCUCUCUCUCUCUCUCUCUCUCUCUCUCUCCUGUGUUUAGCAGAUCCAUGUCCAUCAUCUACCUCUGGACGGUCAAGUUCGCUGGCACGUCACGUCCGCACUUGAACUUGCAGCAGCUCAGGGGGCUUCGCUUACUUUUCCAUUCCCGUCUUGUGUUCUCCUCCGAGAAGCCAUGAAGCCCAACGCAAGCGUCUUGCCACUACACGCGUCUCUUCUGUACUAUUCUCUAUAGUUCAUGUGGGAUACCCGAUGCAUCGCUGAAGAAGAUUUUUACCCUGGACUCUCUAAAGACUCUGGCUCUUCCCAAUGUGAUCCCAGCUGAGACCGUGUCCAACAUGUCUCGCCGCAAGCAGGGCAAACCCCAGCACUUAAGCAAACGGGAGUUUUCGCCCGAGCCCGUGACGGCAGAUAUCCCAGAGGACGGGGAAAGCCAUCCCAGAUCGGAACCAUCCACCCCUAAAGGGGAUCAGGACCUCCUCACCUGUGGUCAGUGCCGCUCCAGGUUUCCUUUGGCUGACAUCCUGGAGUUCAUCGAGCACAAACGCAGGCAGUGUCAAGGACGCCUAUGCAUGGACAAAUGUUCAGACCUGCCACCGUCGCCUCCACCCGCAGGCCUGAGGCGAGCCUGCGUCCCUGUGGAGGUGGCAGUUCAAGUUUCGCCCCACGGAGAGGAGCAUUUAGCCUCCACACCGCACGGAUUACGGCCCAAGCAGGAGAAUUUAACAGAAAAAGAUGAGCCCAGCAGCUACACUUGCACAACUUGUAAGCAGCCCUUCAGCACUGCUUGGUUCCUACUACAGCAUGCCCAGAACACUCAUGGUUUCCGAAUAUAUCUGGAGAGCGAACCUGGAAGCCCGUUAACUCCUCGAGUGGCCUCCGCUCCAGGCAUGGGUGGUGACUGUGCCUCACAGCCACCGCUGCAUACAGCCCACCUUGCAGACACUAGUCCCUAUAGCCUGAUGAGGAUAGCCAACAGAGAUGCGUCCUCGAUUCCUAGGGAAGGCCGAUAUCCCAGGACACCUCCACUCUUUAGUCCCCCACCACGGCACCACAUGAGCCCAGAUGAUCUGGCUUUGGCCCCCCAUCACCCAAGCGCCUUUGACAGGGUACUGCGUCUUAAUUCGGUACCCUUGGACUCCCCAUCUAUGGACUUCUCGAGACGACUACGGGAACUUGCAGGCAACUCUGCUGGCUCCUCUCCGCCCAUGUCGCCCAACAGGCCUAGCCCAAUGCAACGGCUGCUGCAGCCAUUUCAGCCAGGGGCAUCUCAUUCUCCUUCUGGACCUCAUUCAACACCCACUGAGCAAACGCCAACCAUGCCAACUGUGAAGGCAAAGUCUUGUGAGUUUUGUGGAAAGUCUUUUAAGUUCCAGAGCAACUUAAUCGUCCACAGGCGCAGUCAUACCGGAGAGAAACCUUACAAGUGCCACCUCUGCAACCAUGCCUGCACUCAGGCCAGCAAGUUGAAACGCCACAUGAAGACUCACCGGCACAAAUCCUCCUCCACUACGUCCAAAUCAGAUGAUGGCCUUUCAACUGCCAGUUCACCUGAGCCAGGCACAAGUGAUUUGAUAAGCAGUGCCACCAAUGCGCUCAAAUCUGUGGUGGCUAAGUUUAAAAGUGAGAACAACGGCCUGAUACCAGAAAAUGGUCAGGAGGAAGAUGAAGAAGAGGAAGAUGAGGAAGAUGAAGAAGAGGAAGGAGAGGAAGAGGAGGAGGAGGAGGAGGAAGAAGAGGAGGAGGAGGAGGAGGAGAAUGAGAGUGAGGUCGGCGAGAGGAAUGAUAUAAACUUUAGCUUGAGCCUAGAAGGUGCACGUCACCAUGAGAACAAUAGACAGCGACACAACAAAAGUGUGGAGGGAAUUCAGGACUUUCGAGAUGCCCUUAAACUUUACAAACAAGGGGACCGCAGAUCAGCUAAUGAGACAGGUGGUGACGAUUCCCCAAAAGAGUCUGAUCAAGUCAACGAGAGAUACGGACAAAUCGUGAACGGAACAGCCUCCUACCCAAACGAAGACCACUCGAGGAAACUUCUUGCCAGAAGUCCAGGAUCUGACAGCCCUCUUUCCAAACGCAUCAAAGUGGAAAAAGACCUUGAUCCUCCAACUCCUACAAUCCCCAACUCAGAAAACGUGUACUCUCAGUGGCUGGCCGGAUAUGCCGCUUCGCGCCAGCUCAAGGAUCCUCUCCUCAGCUUUGGGGACUCAAGACAAUCACCUUUCGCCACCUCUUCAGAGCACUCUUCGGAGAAUGGAAGUCUCAGGUUCUCCACUCCCCCUGGGGAGUUGGAUGGAGGGACGGCCUCUGGGCGCAGUGGCACUGGAAGUAGGGCCAGUACACCCCAAACUGGUCGACCAAGCUCCAAGGAUGGUCGGCGUAGUGACACGUGUGAGUUUUGUGGCAAGGUCUUCAAAAACUGCAGCAACUUGACAGUGCAUCGCCGCAGCCACACUGGCGAGAGGCCGUACAAGUGUGAGCUUUGUAGCUACGCCUGCGCUCAGAGCAGCAAGCUAACACGGCACAUGAAGACGCAUGGACAGACAGGCAAGGACGUUUACAAAUGUGAGAUAUGCCACAUGCCUUUUAGCGUCUACAGCACUCUGGAGAAGCACAUGAAAAAAUGGCACAACGAUCAGCCCUUAAGCAUUGAAAUUAAAACAGAGUAAAUUUUAUGAUGUCUUUCGCAGUCCUAGAAAAAUAUUUUAAGCACAGUGUCAGUUAAUUAUGCUGGCCGGAAAUUUGGCCGAAAAAGACUCUGAGCCUCUCUAAUGUGCAAUAACUUAAUGUUUUGUACUUCUUUUCUUACUGGUUGGCAUGUUUUUGUGUAUUAGCUUGAUUGAUAAGGAUUAGCUGUGUUGCUGUUGUUACUGUCUUUUAUCAAACAGGACAUUUCAUGCUGCAAACAAUUAAUUUUUACAUAUCAUACCUAGCUGUAUUUUGUCAUUUAAGCCUGUAAUAUUUUGACUACCUACAUUCACACUGGGGUUUACACUGUUCAUUAGGGGUAUAGACAAACUGUAGGGUUACCAAGGAAAGAUUGAUCGGUAACAUUUUACUAAGAUACUAAAAAAGUUUGCAUUUUUAUUGUCGCUUGUGAAAAAAGAGUGCCUUGGGUGUGCCAUUUGCCAUAAGCCUGGGGAUAUUGUUCAAUGCAAAAUUAGGUCUUGCAUCAAGUACCUAUUGUGAAUUUGCUAAAUGCAGGAAUCCAGCAUAUGUUCUUAUGUAUAUAAUUUACUAGUAUAAUAUGUUGUGUUACUUUAAGUAUGAUUAUUUUGUUGGCAUCUUCAUGCCUUUUGGCUUGGUGAGAUUUUGGUACAGGUACAUUAGUAAGUUUUCUUUUAACUUAGGGUCUCAUUU